AUGGAUACAGCUCGGAAAGAGUCCGCCACACGCUCCAAAUACUGGGAGAAGACUCAGGCCAGUGAUUUAUCCGGUGGCGUAUAUGACCCAUUCUGGCGCGACCUCCCCUAUGCCGAUAUUCAUCUCUCCAUCACUCCAGAUGUUCUUCACCAGCUCUAUCAGGGCGUCUUUGCUCACAUCCUUACCUGGGCCACUGACAUCCUUGGCCCCAAAGAGCUUGAUCAUCGUAUUCGCACCCUUCCUCCUUUCCAUGGUACACGCCACUUCAAGAAGGGCAUAUCUGCUCUUUCUCAGAUCUCUGGCAGUGAACGAAAAGACAUGGCCAAGAUUAUCCUAGCCUGUCUGGUUGGUCGCGUAUCUAACCAAGCUCUUCUGGCCUUUCGUUCAAUUCUCGACUUCAUCUACCUUGCCCAGUACCCCACUCAUAACGCCGAAACCCUUGGCUACAUGAAGGAUGCUCUCGCCACCUUUCAAAAACACAAGGACGUGUUCAUCAAACUCGGCAUACGCGAACAUCUCAAUAUACCCAAGUUCCACUCCCUCCUACAUUAUAUCGAAUCUAUACGUCUCUUUGGCACGACCGACAACUACAAUACCGAAAUGUUUGAACGACUCCAUAUCGACUUCGCUAAAGAAGCCUGGCGUUCCACUAAUCAUCGAGACGAACGUCCCCAGAUGGUCCGUUGGCUUGAACGCCGAGAGAAGAUGGCCACCUACGAACAUUACAUCAAACGCCACAUUCCUUCCACAUUCCUCACCGACACCUCUUCUUCCUCUCAUGAUCGUACUGGCACUGGCGAGAUCACCAUCAAAGGUACUCCAGAUGUACCCAGCGCCUCAAUCAAGUCCAUUGAAGCCAAACAUUCAGCGCCAGGUUUUGAACGUGCUUUGAAGGAGUUCGUGAAUAAACACAGUAUUCAGCGUACCUCUCAAAAGGACAUUGCCACGAAGAGUCUUCCCUUUGAUUCAGUGAAGCUUUACUAUACCUUCACUAUGUCACGAGUGGAGCUGGGCCAUACAGAGGUUCUUGGCACGUCUUUGGACACCGAGGUUGUGAAAGCAAAGCCACAUACAGGUAAACAAGCUUCUCGUUUUGACACUGUAAUUGUACUUGAUUCUCCAGAGGCUGAAGCUACUGGAGUUGAAGGUUUGUAA